UGUCGCAUGAUGUAUCGUAAUGCAGCACAUUGACAAAUAGUUGGAAAUAUACAUUUUUCUUUUUGUUGUGGUGUGUUUUGUCAGAGUAGCCUCCCGUCGACAUGGACUCCCUGCUUUCUUGGCUCUUCUCGUCUGAAGAAGAAGAGUUGUACAUUGUGGACUGCAUGGCUUACUUUAUGGUUUUCAUGGCAGCCUGCACAUUCGUUACUUUACUCUUUGAAAAUGUCCCAUACGGCCGAUAUGCUACCAGCAAAUACGGGUUUCCAGUUAAUGUAAGAAUUGCGUGGUUUAUUCAGGAGCUGCCUGCCUUUCUGGUGCCUUUGUGUCUGGUAUUUUGGACGUCAUGUGAGAAAACCUCACAACUGCCAAACCAGCUGCUCAUUGCCAUGUAUUUCUGCCACUAUACCCAGAGAUCCCUUAUUUAUCCAUUUUUGAUUCGAGGAGGUAAACCCACACCUUUCGCCUCGUUUGCUCUGGCCAUUGUUUUCUGUUUCUAUAAUGGAUACAUGCAGAUCAGAUACCUGAGCCACUACGCCAGGUACCCUGCCCACUGGGUCACACAUCCAUGUUUCAUUGCAGGGUCUGUGCUGUGGUUGGUUGGCUGGCUGAUGAAUGUGCACUCUGACCACAUCCUGAGAAACCUGAGAAAGCCGGGAGAGACUGGUUACAAGAUUCCUACAGGAGGAAUGUUCGAAUAUGUCUCUGGAGCAAACUUCUUAGGAGAGAUAACAGAGUGGGCAGGCUUUGCUUUGGCAGGCCACUCCAUCCACAGUUUAGCUUUCUCCAUCUUUACCACAGUGGUCCUAGCCAGCAGGGCUGUGGCCCACCACAAAUGGUACCUCAACAAGUUUGACGACUACCCUAAAAGUAGGAAGGCACUGAUCCCUUUCCUGUUCUGAGUUUCCUCUGGAUAAGUCUGAAAAGGGAAGGCUUUUCAGCUUAUCUCACCAUCUCAGGAAAGGAAGGCGCUUUGGAAGAAAUGAUAACUGCAUCGCAGCCAUGUAAAGACAGACACUGUAGCAGGCAUGUCUGCAGCUACUGUGCUGCAGGGGAAUCAAGCAUGGCCCUCAAUAACUCACCCAUGCCUGAAAUGAGACGAGGAGAGGGCUGCCUCAGCAGAUCCCUUUGUCAGGGUUUAAGAGGAAGAAAGGAAAGGGACCGAUCAUAAUCAAAAGGUUGUAACAUCUCCUUAAUUAAUGUUUAAUUUUCUGUUUUACUUUGAGAAGAAAAUUACCUAAUCUUUUUCGUCUCUAUUUUUAUGAUCUGCCUCAUUUUAAGUCUUUGUCAGAACUGGUUUGGAAGGGAUACAGAUUUGGUUACCUCAUUAAUUUUGCAAAAUGUUUACAUUUUGUUUACGAGUGACACUCUGAAAUAAAUCUAUUUUUUCACCAUU